AUGCAGAGGCUGAGGAGGAGCCUCUUUGAUUCAUGGGCGGCUUUCCUGAACCGGUGGUGUCCGGUUCUCAAGGGCAGAGGUCGUAAGCCUCGAUCUGAAGCUCUUCUGUUAAUCUCCUCCGUCCGAUCUCGGCGCUCUUCAGACGAGCGGCCGAGAACCAUCUCAAAAGCGGAGCAACCAUUCCCAGCGCCACGCCGGCAGACUGAAUGCCCAAUAUCCAGUUCACAGACCACUUGUACUUCCACGAGAGUCAAAGCCACCAGCACAGACAAAGCGCCCGAGGUAGCGGACACGACUGACCGUGCCACGACGAACUGUAGGGCUCGGCUCUCGGCCAUCACCCAAUACUUUCGCACCGCCACCCUCAGCUCGUCGGCCGAGGGGUUUACUAUUCCUCCUGACAAACUAAUUAUCCUCUCGUGCAUCUGCUUGUACUGCGACUCCAUGUGUCGCCUGGCAACGGGGACCAUCACGGCCAGGGAACAGAGUGUCACGAGCAGAAGUAGCGCGAAAACGGUGGAAGCCGUUUUCUCGGCUAGCGUCACUCUCGCGACGUAA